GAAGAUAUAAGAGGCUGUUCAUCAACAAUAAAACAACACAGUUUAAAGGUUCACCCAAAAUCUACAGAGACGACCAGCAGACAAGAUGAGGUUUCUGGUGCCGCUGUUUGUUUUCCUCGCUGUGGCAGCGUUUCACUCUGCUCUCUCAGCAUCUCUGGAAUCUGCAGAGAAAGAAGAGGCAGUGGCAAAGCACGAUGGGAUGACUAAACUGCAGGAAAUAGAUCAGAUGGAGUUUGAGGCCGCUCAGAAGAACGAGGCUGCUCAGAUGAAUGUCACAGAAGAACAGAAGGAGGGUAGCCGCUACCUUGAGUGGACUCAGGAUGGAUCUGUGGAGGAACGUGUCAAAGCUGAAGACAGCAACACAAAGGGGGGCGGAAACACAGACACUGCUGCAGCACGUGUGGAGUCCUCUGAGUCCUCCGAGGAAUCUGAAGGGAGAAAGAGACAGGAGCACCAUGAGAAAGUGUCAGAGCCUGUGAGCAGUUCUGAUGAAAGCACUCAGGAUUCAACCAAGGACCAAGAUGUACUGGAGUGAGAAAACGCAGCAGCAUGUUGAUACCAACGCUCCCUCAUCACCCGGUGUCUGAGCUGCACCGAGCUUACCGUCAAUAAAAGGGAACUAUUAAACCUA